CACACUUUAAAAAAAAUGACCUGAAGAGUUCUCGGAGCGGCGGUUAGCAAAACUGGAUUUCGGAUUUCACACUGCAACGACCAUCGCAGUCGCAGCUGGACGGACGGAUUCACGGGGCGUUCAGCUUGUUCGGAAAUCGAUCCUUUUUUGAUUAACAAACCGAGAUGCUGCUUUCUUAACUUUUGCUCGAGUGAGGUUAAGGGGAUACAGACUCGUCGUACCUGCCAAGUGACACCGUGACAGCAACAGCGAUUCGAAGACACGCAUGGCGCAGCCAGGCGGCGGCCGGUUGGUGGUCGGAAAGUGAUCUGCUGUCCCAGAUGAAUUCAAGCGCAACGCUCGCUAGCCGUCCAAUCGCUGUGAGCCUUUCGGUCACAAGCUCACAGUUCGUCGUUGAAGUGGCGGUGGAAACGAGUAGAAAAAAGGUUGCGUCGAUUGCAACAGCGGCUCCGGUUUUAUUAUUGGUUCCUUCACAAGCGCGUUCGCAUCGUCCGCAGAAGAGCACUCGAUGAUGAGACUCUGCCCUUUUUUCAGUUUUUUUUUUCUAUACUCGUAGAGUGAUCGAUCUGAACAAGCAAACGCAUUAUCAAAUCUCCAACAAACCCACAGCCUCAUUCGUUCUUGGGUGCAGUAUAGUAGUACGUCACCGGCGAGUUGACCCAUUAAACAAGAGAAUUAUUGUGCAGACAAGCAGGUCGGACAAAUUGCAGGCAUGAAUCUGGAGAGCAUUGCACGCCUCGAGCUGAGCCCCCGUGUGGCCGUGUCGCGUCGCGUGUCCUGAUGAAAAUCCUGACCAGGCGAGGACUCCCUCACGCGCGAGUCAGCGCACCGCCACGCGGCCGUGAUGUGCUCCCUCGAGCGAGCCCCUCUCCCUCUCCGCUCGCUCGUCUCACCGACAGCCACUGACAAGGCGGCCCCGCCCGCCGCGCAACACGCGCGGCGUGGGCGUCACUGUCUCGCGUUCGCGUGCGUUACAUUGCGCGCCCGCGUAAUUACACUUGCCGUUCCUUGAAAACCUCUCUCUUUCUCUCCCCGAUUCCCCACAGGCCACAGGCAAAGAUUUCUCCGGUGUCCGGCCGCCCCUCGCCGGAGCCCGGAGAGGUGGCAAUGGCCCGCCGACGUACCGCGUCACCGCUCGCCGCCCUGUUCCUCCUGCUUCUAUCCACCGCGGCGAGACCGUCUCUGGCUCAGCCGAGCAACACCACGAUCGUCGACCACCACUCCCGAACCGCCGUCGGCGGGUUCACCCCGACCACGGUGAUCGUGCUCGUGGCCCUCAUCUCCGCCUUCGUCAUCCUCACCGUCUUCUCCAUCUACAUCAACCGUUGCGCGCCCACCCGCGCUCCCCCGCCGCGGCGGUCGCCGUCCCGUUACGCUCCGCCCGAUCAUCAUCAUGCCGCCGCCGCCGCCGGCGCAGUUGUCCAUCCGGAGCGCCGCGCGCGGGCUGGCCUCGACAGGGAGGUGGUCGAGUCGUUCCCCACCGCGGUGUACGGCGACGUGAAGGCGCGCGUGGCGGCUAAGUCGGGCCCGCCGCUCGAGUGCGCCGUGUGCCUCGCCGCGUUCGAGGACCGCGACGACCUCCGGGUGCUCCCCGCCUGCUGCCACGUCUUCCACCCGGACUGCAUCGACCCCUGGCUCGCCGGCGCCGUCACGUGCCCGCUCUGCCGCGCCGACCUCACCGUCACCGCGCCUUACCCUCCUCCCGCCUCCUCCUCCGAGGGCUGCGACUGCGACCAGGCGGCGGCCCGGGAAGAGCAGGAGGACGACGAGGACGAGGAGCGAGACGAGGCGCGCCUCGUCGCCGCUUUCACGCCCGAGUCCGUCAUCAGCUUCGGCGCCGCGCGUCCGCACGAGUUCCACUACCGGCGGACGCAGUCUGCCAUGGACGUGCCGGACCGGCACACGCUGCGGCUGCCGGAGCACGUCAUGAAGGAGCUCGCCGCGGUCCGCAGGCACCGGCGGGCCGCCAGCCUCGCUGGGUACCCCGACGGCGGCGCGGAGCGGACGCCCGGAUGGCUGGCGUCGUUCUGGCGGUCCGUUUCGUGGCAGCGGCCGAGCCGGACGGAUCAGGACGCCGUCGACGAGCACGGCGGGAGCAACAGCAAACGCGUCGUCCCGAUCACCGGAACACCGGCAGAAAAUCCCAGCGGGUCAGGGGCUGCUGCUACGGACGGCAAGGAGAAACCUGACCAUGACGCGUUAAACCAGGUCUGAUCGAUUUACAUUUUACCUUCGCGUGCAUGCAAGGACGAUGAUCGUUGAUCGCAGGUGCGGCGUGCCUCCGUCCUGGAAAAAUUCUAGCCUUAUUGCGUGUCGAAUUUCAUAAAUGCUUUACUAGAAUUCCAUUCUUUUCCGAAGGAAGAGAGAGGCAGCUGCACCGUUGCUAUUGGAAUCGAUCAGCAUGUCGGAUGCUUUCAUCUUGGUACUAUUGUACAUAAUAAUUUUUUGAUCUGCAUAUGAAUGCACCCCAAAAAAGUUUUAAGAUUAUUUUAGCAAGCGGUUAUGCUCUACGAGUAGGUCAUUAACAGUAGCUAGAUUUGGUCACUGUAAGUAACCGUGUCCCGCAAUUACAGCAUAAUAUGUUACUUGGAAGUCCUUGAUUGCCUCCAGCUGUGACAUGAAGUUGUACAAUAGCAAGCAAGAGAUAUAGGACGACAGGAUAAAAAAACAACACCGCCGGUUGCCGGAGCUGUUUCUUUCUUUUCUUUUUCGGCCGGUGCCCGGUGGUCAAGGAUAACUGGUCGAAGAAUGUAUUCCGUCAAAAACAAUGGCCGCCAUGGUCGUACGCCAGAACGUCAGCUCCUAGGCGACUUCAUCCCGAGCUCAUGUGCGGUUGCAUGACGGCGACCCAAGGUAAGCUUCUUUUUUUUUCCAACAUGGUAAGCUCUUUGACAAGGACCAAUUCGGUAGCUAAAAGCCUCCCUGAAGUUAUCAUUGGACCGUCGCUCCGUGCAGAUCCAAAAUUCCAACGAAAUAGCCAAAGUGCUCUCAGACGACAUGCAUCCAGGCCACAAACCGAAAGGGAGAGAAACAUUUUUAGUAUUUUUUUUAAAAAAAUUGUGGAAACAAGAUCCAUUCGGCAUGCUUGUACAUUUACUUUUUGGUGGGACAUGCUUGCACGACGCAACUGCACAAAUACGAGAAAUGUUCUCGCGCCUGGAAAUACCCGGAAGGCGAGAGAAGGUUACAACAAAAAA